UUAAUAAAAGCUCUGAGAAUUCAGUAGUUGAAGUUGAUGAUAAUACUGUCCACGAGUUACAAGUUCUUGCUAUUGACGCUCAGAUAUUCAGCCUUCAGUAUCUUUGUGCUGUGCUCCAUAAGUGCAACUACAAAGUUAAAACAACAACAUCGGCAGCUGAAGCUCUAGAGAUAUUGAGAGCAAAAAAAUAUGAAUUUAAUAUUGUGCUUGUUGAUGUUGAUAGUGCUAACAUGAACGGUUUUAAGCUUCUGGAGAUUAUAGGACUUGAGAUGUAUUUACCGGUGAUAAUGGUGUCCGGAGAUGGCAGUCUUGAAAACAUAAUGAAGGGUCUAAUUUAUGGGGCUGUAGAUUACAUCAUAAAACCCGUUGGCGUGCAGGAAAUCAAGAAUACUAUUUGGCACAGCGUUACUCUGAAUAAAAUGUGGGAUUCUGAACAAUCUACCGACAACGAAGAAACGUCGGACCACCAAAAUCUAAAGCCUUUGGAUCAUUCCAAUGCUACUAUUACAGUUGAAGAUGAUACAGACAACAUUCGAUUAGAUGAUGCCUCUUCUAGUUGUCAGAAGAAAAAGAGGUUGGCAUGGACCCGGAGCUUGACGCCAAGUUUGUAAAAGCCGUUCAGACACUGUCAAAGAGUUCAAUGGUGCAUCCAAAAAGGAUACUUAAAAUUAUGAAUGAACCAGAACUCACUCGGGAAAAUAUAACUAGUCAUCUGCAGAAAUAUAGAAUAUCCUUGAAGAAGCGCAAAGCUGAAAUGAACCAACAAGGUUUUAAUAUAAAAAGUGUUACCCGGUGUUCAUCCACUAGGAGAAGUAACUGCAGAAAUGGGGAAGCUGGCGAUGUUAAUGCUGAUCGUGUGGCUGUUCCAAGCUUUAAUCCAUUUCACUCCUUUGAGGACAUGAACUCUAUCUUUCUCGAUCCAAGUAGAGGAGGGAAUACGGUAAUGUCGCAGCAUAGAAUACCGUAUGUCGGCUUGCUGGAUCCAGAGAAACCAUAUCAAUCCGUUCGUUAUAGUUGUUUGGAUGAUCCAAACUUUCAAACGCCAGAUUUCAGAUCUUUUAGUUAUUAUAAUUACUGCUUAGGAAUGAAUAUUCAGCCUCAUAAUCUUGGAUCUGAGCCUCUUUCAGGGACUACUUCUCGAUCACCAUACUUUCAUGAUAUGGGCUCCGAGCCUAGUACUCCUCGCAGUACGCCAUUUUUUCCAUUCUCAAAUGCAUUUUUUGCACCUGAAACAGAUGUAGCUUUCCAGUCCCCUUUUGCUGUUGCUUCGGUCCCAAAUCUUUUUCCGGGUACUUAGUUAUAUUCAGUACUUUCGUUAGCUUGAUAAUUUGUAGUUUGGAACGACGGCCUUUUCAUCAUCACUUGCUCAAUUAUUUCUUAACUAAUUAACGAUCAGAAUUGGCGUCCAAUGGCACAACGAAAUAACGUGAGGAUACCGUUUCGGAGAUGGAUGACAACCAGUUAAGCGAUCAUGGACUACCUGGCAGUCUACGAAUCUUGGCAACUUACUCCUCCCAGCGGCCAGAAGUCUCUUGUAUGGCAGAGAGUGAUUUAGCCCAUCAUGCGUGUUAAUUAAGUAGGUUCUUCAGAACUGGUAUACAUAACUUCAUCUUAAUUUUAGAUUGCUCAUAAAUAUUGUAAAUAAUACGUAAUAUAUAUAUAUAUAUGAAAAACUAUCUACAGUGAUUAC